CUCCGUGGGGUGGGUGGGGGGCGGGGGUAGCUCGGACGCCUGGGUCCUGCCCCUUCCUCUGGAGCUUGCCCGCCCCGCCCCGCCUAACCUGCGGGACCCAGCAGCAGCCGCCCGCUCAGAGAUGCCCUUUGCCCCCCCCCCGGUGAGGUCGCCUCCCCUGCUGCAGCCUCCGCCACGGCCUCAGUGCCCCCCCCGCCUGCCACUACCGUGGGGGGGGGGAUUCGCCAGCCAGGCCGCCCCUUGGAAGCCCAGGAGGCGGGGAGCCCAGCGGGGACUCCUCCUCCCGGCCCUGCGCUCCCUGCCCCCAGGUGGGGUCUCUGGAGGGGGCCACCUCCUGCCCUUCCUUCCAGGGCAGCCCCGGAGUCCUGCCUGCCCAGGGCCCGCACUGCCUUGGCAUGCCGCACCCGUGCAGAGAGCGAGUGCCAUGGCGGCCCCCUUUGUGGUGGAGAGUCCGGACGUCCAAUACACCCCGGACUUCAUCGAGGCCAAAUAUACCUAUGGCACGACGCAGGUGUGCCUGGAGAACGGCAUCACCAAGGUCAAGCCUUCCUCCACCAAGCUCACCUUCCGCACGGAGAGGCGCGUUCCCAAGCUGGGCGUGAUGCUGGUCGGCUGGGGCGGGAACAACGGCACCACGGUCACCGCUGCCGUCUUGGCCAACCGGCUGGGCCUCUCCUGGAUGACCAAGACGGGCCAAAAGCAAGCCAAUUACUAUGGCUCCCUCUUGCAAGCCUCCACCGUGUGCCUGGGCACCGGCCCCUCCGGAGACGUCUUCGUGCCCUUCCGGGAUCUGCUUCCCAUGGUCCAUCCCAACGACAUCGUCUUCGACGGCUGGGACAUCUCUUCUUGGAACCUGGCCGCCGCCAUGCGCAGAGCGCAAGUCCUGGACUGGCCGCUGCAGGAGCAGCUCUGGCCGCACAUGGAGGUCCUGAGGCCGCGGCCCUCCAUCCACAUCCCCGAGUUCAUCGCGGCCAACCAGGAGGAGAGAGUGGACAACGUCCUGACGGGGACCAAGGCGGAACAGAUGGCCCAGAUCCGCCAUGACAUCCGGGACUUCAAGAACUCCAGUGGGGUGGACAAGGUCAUUGUCCUCUGGACAGCCAACACGGAGCGGUUCUGCGAGGUGCAGCCCGGAGUGAACGACACAGCGGACAACCUGCUGCAGGCCAUCGAGCGGGGCCUGGAGGUGUCCCCUUCCACCCUCUUUGCCGUGGCCAGCAUCCUGGAGGGCUGCACCUACAUCAACGGCUCCCCCCAGAACACCUUCGUGCCGGGCGCUGUGGAACUGGCCGUCCGGCGCCAGGUCUUCAUCGCCGGCGACGACUUCAAGUCCGGCCAGACGAAGCUCAAGUCCGUCCUGGUGGACUUCCUCAUCGGCUCCGGGCUUAAGCCGGUGUCCAUCGUCAGCUACAACCACCUGGGGAACAAUGAUGGGAGGAACCUCUCCGCCCCUGCGCAAUUCCGCUCCAAGGAGAUCUCCAAGAGCAACGUGGUGGAGGACAUGGUGGCGUCGAACCCGAUCCUGUACGGGCCGGGGGAGCGGCCGGACCACUGUGUGGUGAUCAAAUAUGUUCCCUACGUGGGGGAUCGGAAGCGGGCGCUGGACGAAUACACGUCGGAGAUCGCCAUGGGCGGCACCAACACCAUUGUCAUCCACAACACGUGUGAGGAUUCCUUGCUGGCCUCCCCCAUCAUCUUGGACUUGGCGAUCCUGGCCGAACUCUGCCAGCGGAUCCGGGUGGGAGUCGAGGGCGAGGAGGAGCCCCAACCCCUCCACAGCGUCCUGUCCCUCCUCAGCUUCUUAUGCAAGGCUCCGCUUGUGCCAGACGGCGCCCCGGUGGUCAACGCCCUCUUCCGCCAGCGAGCCGCCAUUGAAAACCUCUUCAGGGCCUGUGUGGGGCUCCCUCCCCAAACCCACAUGCAGCUGGAGUACAAGACGCAGCGGCCGUGGGGUUGUGCCAAGCGGGCGCCCUCCUCCGCCACCCCCCCUCGGCCUGCCCCUCACAAGAAGGCAGCCACCCACCUCAACGGCUUUGUGUGCCCCCCAGAGAGCAACGGCCCCCCGGGCCCCAAUCCCCACAGCCACGUACUUGCCCUGGACAACUAGGCUGCUGGCCCCGAUCGGCCACCUUUCCCUCCCUGCUGCUUGGACUGUUUGUCACUUGUUUUUCUUUCUCUCUUUGGUGGGGAACGGGGGCCCUCUGUCUCCCCACCCCACCCCCAACCCCCUGCCCUAUCCUUUCAGGUGAAGUUGAACUUGGAAAACUGUGAAUGUCCCUUGUUGAGUUUGAAAUAAAACUUAGCUCUGA